AUGGCCGUCGCAGAUACCAGCGCCUUCUGCCUGUCGCUAGCAAACGCGGCGCUAUUCAUGAACCAGAUCACCACUGGCAGGCAAGGAGCCACUGAAUACAGCGACUGUGCCGAAUCUGCCAGGUACUACAGCGAAUGUCUAGAUCAAGUCACUCGGCGACUUGCGAGCAGCACGGAAUGCACGAGCGACGGCGUAAUCACCACCGUGCUCGGCUUUCUCUGUCAUGAUUCCAGUGUUGGAGCCUGGAAGCGGUGGCGGCUUCAUGUUAUCGGUCUCGAACGCAUCCUACGACUCCGCGGAGAUGUUUCACACCUUGGCUUAGACGUUGCUCUAUUCAUCUUAUGGUACGUGGCAACUCUCCGGUCGUCGUACAAGGAAAUUCUCAUUUCCUGA